AUGGGUUGGGCGUUUUUCAGGGAGGUUGGUUGCGGUGCGGAGGCGAUCCGGCUGGUUUGCUACGGCCGUCUUUUGGGCAUUGGCGAGGAGUGGGUAGUUUGGGCAAUGGUAUGGGUAGGGCGGGCUGGGGUUUUGUGUUUAGAGGUGUAUCGUGCGGCGCUUUUGCUUGGCAUGGUUGGAAUUCAGAAGCACGUGCGUGCUUGGUGGGAGGGGGAGGUUGGUUGCGGUGCGGAGGCGAUCCGGCUGGUUUGCUACGGCCGUCUUUUGGGCAUUGGCGAGGAGUGGGUAGUUUGGGCAAUGGUAUGGGUAGGGCAGGCAUGGGCUUUGUGUUUAGAGGUGUAUCGUGCGGCGCUUUUGCGUGGGAUGGUUGGAAUUCAGAAGGACGUGCGUGCUUGGUGGGAGGGGUAUGUUGAACGGGGGAUGCACUUGUGGGGAGGUUGGUUGCGGUGCGGAGGCGAUCCGGCUGGUUUGCUACAGGCGUCUUUUGGGAAGAGGACAUUUGAGCGGUUGUCGGGUUUGAGGAGCAUGUCUACUGCGAAGGGGGUGGCUGUGGAUAUGCUGAGCGGGAGCUGCACUUGUGGGUGA